AUGCCGCGCCAUCGCUCCGCCCCCGUGAGCGACUUUGCCCCGAAAGCGUGGGCGGCCAUCUGCGAACUCUGCGGCGGCGAGGAACGGGUGUCUGAUAUUUCUUCGGAAUGGGGGGAUGGCCUCAUAGUCAACCUAGGGAGUGACGAGUGGGAGGGCCGUUGGCCAGACCCGCGCGACCUGGAUAAUUGGCAUGUGGACGGGGAUUUCUUCGUGCAUUACUUGGAUUCGCCGGAGCAAGCGUUGCUGGUCAUUCCGUUGUUCACAGACAUACAGGAGCAUGGUGGCGGUACGAUGAUCUGCCCUCAGGCCAUACCGCUCAUUGCGAAACAUCUGGUAAGUAGGCCCUGGCUCGAUAGUGUUUCGCUUUGUUGUAUGAGCAUGUUGCCUAACCACUGGAAGUAUGAACACCCGGAAGGCGUGUCGCCGCAGAUGGUGCCUCGAGGUAUAACGGUAGAGCACGAGGGGCUGGAGUUUUACCUGUCUCUGGUUCGGGGAUGCGAUGAGUUUCAUGAAAUGACAGGAAACGUUGGAGAUGUCAUUCUGAUGCACCCCUUCAUGUGCCAUUCAGCUUCGAAGAAUAGUCUGCGCAUUCCCCGGAUCAUCACCAACCCACCCGUCGGUCUGAAGGAGCCGUUCAAUUUCGAUCGGGAUGAUCCCAACCAGUACAGCUUGGUUGAGCGAAAGACUCUCCUUGCGCUGGGGAAGGAUCGGUUGCCGGGAUGGAAAAUUACGACGGAGCGGAAGCGAAUCGUCCCUGCGAGGAUGAAAGCAGCGAGAGAGAUGAAGGAACAGGAACUGCUACGGCUUCAGAAGGCGCGCGGGCUGGAUGGUGCAGUCCAGCGAGCGGACGAGGGCGAAUGGUUAUAG